AUGCCUAAAGAAAAAGGCAAGCGUCGUUCAGGACCAACUGGAGGCUCAACUUGUGGCCGUCCGCAGCGUGGCAUUGAGCAAACGCCGGCUGCAGAUGUUGGUGAAAGUUCGAUGACGCCGUCGAGUACUGCUGGGGUGAAUUACGCCGACUUAUCAACGGAGGUUCUCCAUCUCCUCGAAAUCUCGCGCUUUCUGGUUCGCGUGAUACUCUUCUUCGUCGCCUCGCCGAUCACGAUGGAGCAGAAGUCCCAGCUGCAUCGAGUGCCGAUCCAAGACCCAGCUCAAGAUUCCAAGAUCCGAAUCUCUCCGCUCGCUUGCGUUGAACCUUGUUCCUUUUCUCCGCGACGUUUUGGCCCAACAAAACGGGUCGCCGCCAACUAUGCCACCUCAACCACAGUCUCUGCCACGUUUUCCCGUGCAAAACGCUCCAACGCUGCCUCUGGACCUUGGUAAUCCAUCACAAGUUGCCAGCCUCCUUUCGUCGCAGCCAUCGACAUCUUCGCCAUUAGACGUCAGCCCAAAUUUACCAAAAAGGCUUGAAGAGCAAAUUCUAAAGGGUGAGUUUGUCGAUUUUUCUUUGCUUCUCCCGGGUAAUUCAGACCGUCCUAGUUUUGCCCCUAUUCGCCUUUCAGUAGAGGGCGACCAGGGUUUCACGAUCCCAAUUCCUUUCUCAAAUUUCGGAAAGCGCACUAAAGUCGACAACAUAGAUAAGUGGCUUACUGCUUUUGGUAUUGACGCGUCCGUGGUUGUCGCUAAAUUUCCACAUAAGGCCGCGCAGCUGUUUGCCUACCAGCGCAUAAUCCACGAAGCUUCGCAAAAGUUUAAAGGCCUCGCAUGGUACGCUUACGAUAUUGAUUUUUGA